AUGGCCGGUAUGAGCACUAUCCCUGCUCCACUAGUCCAGCACCUGGCGUCUCUCCAGAGACCUCCGCCACAGGCCCUCGGACGCGAAUUCUUCGACAUUCCUCGAAGUCCCAUCUGCCAACGGGCAGCUUCCUUCAUCCGUGGAUGGAACUCCCCCUGGAUUGCCAACCACUGUUUCCGAACGUACGCAUUCGCACUAGCCAUCGCCAAAUACGCUGGCUGGGACACAGGUGCCGAAGCUGAGGCGUUGGGCUUCGACCGAGAGCUCGUCUUCCUGGCAUGCGUGAUGCAUGAAAUGGGCAUUCAUCCGGGCGAAGCGCUCCACAGCCGGUUGUCACUCGAGAUCUGGGGCGCAAUCAAGGCCCGGGAGUGGAUCCUAAACCAAACGAAGGAGUUUGUCGUCGACGAAAGCCGGCCCGAGGGGCUCCUGAAAGACUGGGCGGACGAAGUGUGUGAGGCGAUCGCGCGCCACACAAUCGAGUUCCGUGGCUUCAGCUCCCGCUGCCGUCUGACCUUGGCCUUGGUUACCCUCGGCUCUGGACAAGACUUGAUGGGGUUGAGCAGCACCGCCAUCCACGCGAAUGAUAUUCGGACCAUUUGUGAAAUUUGGCCGCGGAGCGGUUACUGUCAAGGCCUGAGUCAGUAUACCAAACAGGAGGUUGGGUUGAAACCCGCAUGUUUAUUCGACGAUUGCGCAAGACUUUUUGACCCUCAGAUGUUCGAGGUGGAGGUGUAUAAGGGUAUGCACGGCCAACUCGAUAAAUUUCCCUGA